GACCUUCUUGCGCCUAUAAAUCCCUCGACCUGAUCCCUCUUUCCUUUCGUCUUCUCAGUGCAGUGCAGUGCAGUCUUUACGUAUUUUCAGCUUCUUACAGCAUUCAGCGGCUUACAAUCUCACAGACCUACGAAACCCACAUCUAUCUAGUCAGUCAUCACCAUGUCUUCUCCAUACGGCCCAGGCGGCGUCCCGACCGCAGAUCCCAAGACCUUGUUCAAGAUCCGCCUCAGCAACGUAACCGGCUGCGUCCCCAAGAGCUACUACCACAACCUGGAUUGCGGCCACAUGGUGUAUACGCUGCACCCGUCGGGCCCUCAUCCCUGCGGCCCUUCGUGCGCCAAAGGCGGCCAGGGCGUCAGAAUCGCAUGCUGGACGUGCGAUGUUGAGGCCGAGAUGGCGUGGCUGAUGCUGAUGAACGAUGUGGACAAGAAAGAAUUGGUGGAGUGGCAGAUUGAAGAGAUGGCUAGGAAGACGGUUAGGGAGAGGUGGGAGGUGGCAGAGAGUGAGAAUGCGGCGGUGCCGAGCGAGCUCUGGGGUUUAGUGGAUGUGGCGAAAGAGAUGAGAGAGACGGUACUGCCUACGGUGCGGUGGCUGGAGGAGAAGAAGCGGGAGUAUGCGGAGAAGAGAAGCAGGGAGCGACGGGAACAGCAGUAUUAAGGUUCAACACCUCUUUUUCGAUUACGGACUACCUACCUACCUAC